AUGCUCUCUGAGGAAUUCGUCUCGGCGAUAUGUGGGGCACCGCUCUCCUCCAACACAGCCAUCGCAAAGGAUGUUGGCAUCUACUGCCACACCCUCAGCCCCACGUACUCAGUCAAGUCAACCUUCAAAAAGAGUUCAGUUCCAGUGAACUGCCUUGCCAUCAGCGAGACCCACAUCUUCGCCGCCCAGCAUGAGAAAGCCUAUGUCCAUGUCUACUCCAGACUCCGGGGGAACCAGGAGGCGUUUGUGGCUUUCCCGGAGAGGAUACGAUGCCUGACGCUGGUCGGCGAUGUUCUCGUCAUGGGCACCACCGAGGGCCGUCUGAUGCUCUGGGAGACAGGCACUGGCCGGCUGGCCUCGACCCCAGCACGCCACGUCCAGGGAAUUUCUUGCGUGGCCGCCGCAUCCUCCUAUAUUUUGACAGGGUCCGCCGACUCGGAUAUCCACGUGUGGUCGCUGCCACAGCUGCUUGAACUGGACUCUGCCGCCGAGCACGAGCCGCAACGGAGCCUCUCCAACCACAGAGCUGCCAUUGUCGGCCUUGCCGUGAGCUCCAGUGUUAGCAGCGACACAAACUUUUGUGUUUCUGCGAGCAAGGAUAAGUCAUGCAUCAUUUGGAACUACCAGACUGGCGAUGCUCUACGGACACUCCUCUUCCCCAGCUUCCCCUUGUGUCUGUCCCUCGAUCCGUCUUCUAGAGCCAUCUGUGUGUCCUGCGAGGACGGGUCGCUCUACUUGACCGAGGUGUUUGCUGAGAAGCCCCUGUUGGGGCCAGGCGCCGAAGAGGCCACGACGGUCGUGCAGGUUUCUUCGCCCUUCGGUGCGACGCUGCCUGACGUGGGGCCGGCUUCUUGCCUGAGCCUGAGUUACGACGGCACCAUGCUGCUCACCGGGCACCCCAGGGGCCAGAUAAUGCGAUGGGAUAUUGCAGAAAAUAAGUCACCCGUCGAACUGGUCAACCUCAACGCAGCCGUUACCAAUAUUGACUUUGUUUCGCCAUUCCCAACGGACAAGCCUACUAAGACGGUGAACAUCAUCAAGCCAUCACAAGCCGAGCGCGCGUAUACGUUCGCCGCCCAAUUCGACUCAUAUUCGGGGGCGGAAACUAGAUUCGAUUCACUACUCAAUGCCGCCGGCUUUCCGCAGGAGGCUAUAGAGAGCGCAAUAGCGGCGUUCAGCCAGCCCGUCGCUGAGGCGACUGGCGACGAAGACCUGAAGAAGCAGAAUGAAGAGCUGUGGGACAUCAUCAACGAGCAGAGGGCACUGCAAAAACAGACGCUCGAGCGUUUUGCUGAGGCUAAACCCAACCGGUGA